AUGCUAAUAAUUGCCGAAACAACUCCCAUAACAGAACUUCAAAAAAAGGCUCUUCGUAAUGCUGCCUCCGAGAUACCUUUUUUUGCGAUUGCUGAUUAUUAUCCUUAUGAAAUUAUGGAAUUUUUUAAUUCCUGCAAGGCCAAAAAAAUUAAGCCAGUCUGGGGAGUAAAGAUUUUUCUACAAGAAAAUCCCCAAGGAAAAAAAUAUUUGGCAACUGCUUAUCCUCAAAACAGCAAAGGAUACAAAGAAGUUCUCCAAAAAUUGUUUUCUUCGGAUUCUCCUAACGAUCGAAUUUUUUCUUUUGAUUAUAUUCUUUCUAACUUGAAACCAUCAGAGAAUUAUCAAAACACUCUGGAAAGAGAAUUGGCGAUUAUUGAGAAACUUAACUAUGCGGAUUAUUUUUUAGUGUUUAGUGAGGUGAAUAACCAUUUAAAAAAAGAAAACAUUAUGGUGGGACCAGGACGAGGAAGUGCCGUUUCUUCUUUGGUAACAUAUUUAUUGGGAAUAACCAGUGUUGAUCCAUUAGAACAUAAAUUAUUUUUUGAAAGAUUUCUCAAUGAAAAAAGAAAAAAUUUGCCAGAUAUCGAUUUGGAUGUAGAAAAUCAAGAAGAAGUCUUUAAUUACUUGCAAAAGAAAUAUCCAAAAAGGCAAGUGGCUCGCAUCAUCACCAAAAAAAAAAUUGGUUGGAAAGUCGCCCUCCGUGAGACUGCCAAAUUAUACAAGUUAACCGGUAAAAUCCAGAACUUAUAUUAUGACACUGGUAUUCAUCCGGCCGGAGUUAUCAUUAGUGAGAGUUCGUUAAUUGGUGCUGUGCCCUUGAAAUCAGAAAAAGAUUAUUUAUUGAUGCUUUUUGAAGAGGACAAAUUAGCAGGAUUAGGACUAAAAAAAUAUGACUUUUUGAGUUUGCGAGAAACACUUGGCUUUAUUCGCGAAGCGAGAGAAAUUCUAAAAGUUAAUUUACCUGAUUAUCAAGAAAUAAACUUGUCUGACCAAAAAACUUGGGAAUUAUUAAAAAAUUUUCUUUUGACUGGCAUUUUUCAACUAGAUACUCCUUCGGCCCGACUUCUUUUUAAUCGUUUUCGUCCCCAAAAUUUUGCUGAAUUAGUGCUUUUCUUAUCCCUCAAUCGGCCUGGCACUAAAAAAAAAGUGGAGGAGAUAACUCAAAAAAAAGAUUCUCAAACUAAAAUUAACUUUAUUUCCCCAGUGAUUAGGGAAAUAUUGAUUGAAACUUAUGGAUUCAUUAUUUUUGAAGAACAAAUAAGUCAAAUUUUUGCCUACAUUUAUGACGUUUCAUUUGCCGAAGCCGAAGUAAAAAGGAGAGAACUGAUUAAAAAAGGACUGGAAAAAGACUUUCUUAGUCAAACCCAAAAGAAAUUAAAUU